AUGAAAGAAUUGUCAAGGCUUAUUUUGUACUGCUUAAACUUGACUGCCGUCGAGGCCUUGCUGCAGUGGUUCGCAAUGAGGGGAGGGGCAGGGCUGGUGCUCGGAGUGCAUGAAGCCUACUACAUCUGCAAUGAUUGUAUGGAAAGCGAGAAGAGCUACCUGGAUGAGCUGGAGGCCGUGUUGCUGAGCAACCAGGAUAUUCUACGGCCUAUGCCAAUUGGAUGUAGCAAUGCCAGCAACAGUGAUUGUAAAUGUCAAAACUGCAUGCGACGGGAGCUUCUGGAUGAGGAACGAAAGAAUGAGGUGGAAUUAUUGCAGAGCUGCUGGCACGAUUUGCGGCAGAUUAUUCGGCAGAUGUUCCGAGAUGGCCUGAAUGCCAACAUGACAUCCAAUAAGGGGAAGAAAUUUGACGUAGAGAAAAUUAAGCGAAAUGUUGCACUAUUGGCCGAAAAAGAUCCGCAUCAGCUGUACAUACGACUGGAAAGCAUUGGAUACGAAUAUGUUAUGAACCUGAAAUCAGAUGAUCUAUGGCAAAUUUUGGUAGCCCCUCAAGUUGUUCCUGCCCUUAUCCAGCUCUAUCAGGCCGGAGCGAAUGAGGAAAAGAUGGAGAUUGAACGAGCGAAGCUUUUUAUCAAAACGUUGCUUGAUCGCUUCUCUUGUCAGCAGGAAACAGCAAGGAAUAUGUCACCGCUGUUAGCUCCUUUGGAUGAGCUGUAUCUCUCGCGGUUUGGCAUUAGCUGGAAAGUUGUUAAUCAUCACAUUUUCGAUCGAGUCAUCUACCAGGAUGAUCUGCUUUUGAAUUAUCUGCCUAGGUUGGAAGGUGCCCUCAAAUGUAAACUGGUCGUGGACGAUGACGAAGAUGAGGAAAAGGCGGAUGGGCAGAUGCAGCACGCUGGCGCAGAAGCGGCUCAAAAGGACAUCCCGCAAGGCGCUGUUGAACUUGCUCAGAGUUUUCGCGUUUUCCACAAGCUGAUGGUCACAACCAGGGAGAUUUUCAAAAAAGCCAGUGCAAAUAUUGCUCUGUAUACGAAGCAACAAAAAGUCAUAAGUCAUAUCACACGCCGGGCGAAAAGCGAUUUGCUAAAAGAAGAUUUAGAAUUUUUCAAAAAUCAGAGAAAAUUGAUUCGUAAUUGCACUUUACGGAAAAGGCAUUGUUACGAGUGGCACGCCGAUCUGGCAGCUUAUGGCGAUGAUCUCACAGAUUUCCUGAUCGGAGACGAAAGGAAACAUGACGCACCGGCAUUGCUUUAUCUCGAUAAGCAGCGUUAUGACGAAUCUGCUCGUGCUUUGCUUUUUCUCCCCACAGGAUUGUUCUCUCAUGUUCGGCAAAAAUCAUAG